AUGGGAGAGCAAGGUGAUACAAUCGACCUCCCUAUGCUAACCAACGCUGACCAUCAGAAUAUUGAUAGGGAACAAAGAGCAAUUGUUGUCUCUCUCAUCACUACCUACGAAAACGACUUUCUCGAUGGAGUAAUGGCGCGAUGUUAUCCCGAUUUCCAAAUGCUGCUUCGGGUCACUGCUCGUAUUCUUCGGUUGAGUUCCAGGGGCUCUCGAUCGACGUCUCGUCUCUUACCACGUGAGCUGGAUCGAGCUCAAACAGUUUACAUUCGUCACACUCAGCAAAAACAUUCCCAAGAAGAACUUGAUUGUUUGCGACAUCAACGUGAGGUCAGCUCUCACAGCAGUUUGCACCAACUCAAACCAUUCUUGGACGAAAAUGGAGUGCUCAGGGUGGGCGGCCGGCUUCAACAAUCAGGCCUUAGCUACGACGUACGGCACCCUAUAUUAAUACCUCGACAUUCUAUCCUCACAUCAUAUAUUUUGAACCAUGAGCACAUUGUGCAUCACCAUUGUGGUCCCCAAACACUCCUGGCCGUGUCACGUAGGCGAUUCUGGAUCAUCAGUGGUGCAAGUGCAGCAAGGAAAAUUUAUCGUCAAUGUGUGAGGUGUGCUCGCAUUAAGCCAACGUCGAAGAAUCAACAAAUGGGUCAGCUGCCAUCUGAACGAGUGCAACCAAAUCCACCAUUUGCUAUUACUGGCGUGGACUAUGCCGGUCCGGUCAGCAUUGUUGGACGUAGGACAAGAGGUGCAAACCAAAGUAAGGGAUAUAUCGCACUUUUCAUUUGCUUUACAACAAAGGCCGUGCACAUGGAAGCCGUGUGUGAACUUACAACUGCUGCUUUCCUGGCAGCAUUCACUCGCUUCUCCAGCCGCUACGGAUUGCCGUCGAAAAUGUUUUCGGACAAUGCAACCAAUUUUCGCUCGACAGCUAAACAAUUUCGAGAAAUGUACGUGCAGCUCAACUCUUCUUUACACAACGAUCAAGUCACUGACUUUCUGACCGACAAGGGAGUGGAGUGGAAUUUCAUCCCACCUCGGUCUCCACACCAUGGCGGAUUAUGGGAAUCCGCAAUCAAGGUUGCUAAGCAGCAUUUGUCGAAGAUAACCAAAAAUUACAUCUUCACUUUCGAGGAACUGUCCACGCUAAUCGCUCAAAUCUCAGCCACCAUGAACUCAAGACCUCUCACACCGAUCUCCAACAGACCAAUGGAUGCACAGCCUCUCACCCCUGCUCAUCUUCUCAUUGGUCGGGCGCUCACCACCGUUCCUGAAGUUAACUUACUGGAGCGGCAAAAUUCAUCGCUAUCACGUUGGCAGUUCAUUCAGCGCCUCUCACAAGAAUUCCGUAGCAGAUGGCAGACAGAGUACGUGCGUUCCUUGCAGCGGAUGUCGAAAUGGCAACGACCAUCGCAAAAUGUUUCGGUCGGAGACUUCGUUCUUCUGGUGGAUGACAAUUCUAAGCCAAAGCAAUGGCCUACGGAUCGCGAGAAAAAAAAGCUCGACAACAACAAGGAAGACGAGAGUGGUUUUCCCGAAGCUUCAAAUUUUGGAGAUACCCCCAAAUCUCGACCAAAGUGGAAAAGUGCAUUUUCAUCGACCGCACGAUCACUUCCGCCCUCGACGGGUGUCAUUAUCGGCACCAGGAGCCGAUUUAUGGGACAUAAUUAA